UAAGGGCUGAGUUUCAAUGGAACUGAACUUUGCUCCACAUUAGAGUUUUACAGCUUCAGGUGGAGUCCUGCUGUUCACUGGCUAUUCAGGAAAUGAAGCGUUACACACACCGCAACUUGGGCUCUCAAGCAGAUAACAGCACCAGCAUGACUGUUUCCUGGAAAUCAUGGCCUAACCUCUUCCACAUCUAUAUACUUCUGUGUGCACCCGGAGUGGUGUCAGGACAGUUCCAGCUAGAGCCGCUGAAUUCAACGGUGCUACAAGGUUCUGAUGUGCGAUUCAACACCACUGUACAAGGAAUAUGGAAGGUUAUGACCUGGACUGUCCAAGGAUAUUUGGUCCUCACGAUUUCUGUCACCGGUAACAUAACCUCAUCUUCAGAGCAGUUCUCUACUAGAUUCUGCUCCACCGGUGUGACCAGCUGUGUGGAGUUCACCAUCCAUAAUGUCACACGCAAGGAGGCUGGCCCGGUCAUUUGCAGCGUGCUGGGGGAGUUUGGAUCAAAGACGGCACAGCUCUACGUACAACAGAGCGGUACAGUUAACAUCAUGGGAGGAAAUGUGACGGCAGUGCAGGACCAACAGGUGGAGUUCCAGUGUAUAAUAUCUGCCUGGUUCCCCAGACCCACUGUCACCUGGACCCAGAAUGAUCAAGCUGUGGACAAAAACCUGUACAACACCACAAACGUGGUUGAUGGGGAUGUUUUCAACUCCACCACUGUCUUGAAGUUUCAGGCAGUCAGCAACAUGACAGUGGAGUGUCAGGCAACCCUGCCGACACUACCAAGCCCAGAAUCCAACUCUGUGUUCUUGGUGGUUGUUCCCAAACCUCCUGACUGGACCGUGCUGAUAGCUGUGGUCGUGUCCAUUGGAGGUUUUGCUUUGCUGGUUUUGCUCAUCAUUGGAAUAAUCUUCUGCUACAAAGGCAGGAAAGAAAAACAACCCAACUACCAAGAUGAAAUGAGCAGAAGAGUGAGGACACAGAGCCAGAUAAGUAGUGUCAGUGCAGCUGCACUGAGACAGGGCCAAGUGAACGCAGGAUAUGUGCUGGAGGGUCAAACAAGUGUCACUCCCAGUGAACACAGUGACUGUGACUUUUACCAGGCAAAUAGCUCCAAGGUUUUUGAGAUACCCGAUGUUGUGAACAGUAACCCGGCAGGAAAUGGCUACAAUAGUGCCUACACCACUGUGGAUGAAUCACGCUUCAGGAAACACAGACAUGUCACCAUUGUGUGAGGAUAAACAGAGGACAUCUGCAAAUGUUUAGGAGUUUUAAAACAAACUUGUACAGCACCUUUAAGCCUUACUAGUUUGGUUUCUGUUCUUGUGUAAGUGAAAUGAUGUGACAGAAAUAGACGUAGGUGUCCAUACAAGGUAAACAAGACAGUCAUAAUAGACAUAGAGAAAAUAACAUAAAGCAGUUGUGAUGUAUGUGGUGAUUUGAGAAGAGUCUGGAGUAGAGAUUAGAUGAUAGGUGUGUGUGUGUGUGUGUGUGUGUGUGUGUGUGUGUGUGUCUCAAACAAUUUAUGUUUCCUUUGGGUAGACUUUAAAGAGGUAGCCUGCACCUUUGAUACUAACUUGUAGGAAAAGCCUGUGCCAUUGGUGUAUGACUUUGUAAAUGUAUUCUAUUGCACAUUAAAUAUUUGUAUCAUUGUA